UUAAACCCCCUCCCUGGACUGCCCUGCCUCUCCUCUGCCCAGUGGAAGGCAGGAUUUACCUUCCCUGUGCUCUGGAAUGGGCAGAUCCUCCCCAGCAUGGCUCCUGGAAAAGCUCCCAAAUGUGGAGCAGGAGGAUCAGGUUGGAUUCCAGUAGGAAGGUCCAGCUCCUCCAGCCGGGAGGGACUGAAGGAGGCAUCCAAAAGCAGAGCUGGGUUUGGUGGGAGACCAGGCUGGUGCCCAAAGGUUCCCACAUGGACGCAGAACGGGAAGGAGGAGGUGAGGAGUCACCUGGAGUGGGCUGGACAGGAAGGGUGGGCUCCAGAUGUGACCCAAUCUUUGCUUUAAUAUGAGAAUAAUGAGAGGAAUGGGAGGGUGGAGCAAUGGGCAUUGCAACACCCCUGGUGGACGCAACACCGGGUUACUGGUCAAACUGGGGCACCCUCCAGCAUGGCCAGAGCCUGGGGACAUCUCUGUCACCUCCAGGGGACAUCUCUGUCACCUCCAGGGGACAGGGGAAGGCGUGGGUGGAGGAGCAGAGCAGCCCUGGGCACAGCAGGGACAGUGGUGCAGGGAUGCUGGGCUGGGGGCAGCUCCUGCCAGGUGAGGGGCAGGAGGGCUGGGAUGGUCCCAGCAGAUGUGGCACCUCCCCAGGAGUGGCCUGGGGGGGCUGGGAGACCCCCAGAGACCCUGCUGGGGUUGUUAUGGGGAGGCAGGAGGGGAUCUCGCUGCUCCAGGUGUGACGCGAUGGCGCUGGGCAGCAGCGCAGGGAUGUCCCUCCUUUCCCCAUCCCUGCAGGUGUCCCAGGCUGGGCUGGAGCCACCAGAGGGGUGACCCUGCCCAUGGCAGGGGGUGGCACUGGAUGGGCUUUCAUGUCCUUCCCACCCAAACCAUCCUGGAAUUCUGUGGCUCCUGAUCUGGGCUGCUGGGGGCUGACACUGGCCCGGUGUCCCUGCUGUGACGAGGACUUCGUUCCAGGAUUUUCCAGGGGACUGGCCUGGAUCCUGUGUGCCCGGUGCAAGGCACCAGAGCAGGAGGAGAUGUUAAUUACAGCCUGUGCUAAUUGCACUCAUGAAAACACCUCCUGCAACACAGCCCCUGGCUGCCAACUGGGCCAAGGGCUGGCAGCUCCUGCAGCCUGGGCUGGCAGCGGGGGGUGGCAGAUCUCAGCCCCCAGGCACUCUGGGGACCCUGGGACAGAUGCUGAGCCCUGGGAGGGGAAGGGCAGAGGGACUCCUGCUGCCCAAACUGAGCAGGGGUGGGGAGCACUGGUGCCACAUUGCUGCUCUCAUCCCAGGUGGGAGAUGUCUUCCAAUAAUCUGAUGCUCUGCAGGGCGAGGUUUGGGUGCCUCGGGUGACUGUGACCAGCCUGGCUGGGGUGAUGGCCACGGACCAGGAGCAGCUCCUGCUGUCCCCACCAGCUGAGACUCCCUUUCCCAGGGCCAGGAGAGAUUCCCAGGACAGGGACACUGUUGUGAGCAGCAGAUCUGCCCUUAUCAAUCUGGAGUCACUGCAAUGGCUUUUAAUAGCCCAGGAGGGCCCUGCCAGAGGUGACAUCUCGUGUGACUCAGGGUCCCCGUGUGACUCAUGGCCACUCUCCACCCUUGGGUGGGUGUCCCGCGCCACUCCAUCCCCAGGGAUGGGAUGCACUCUGAGCCUUGCCCUGGGCCAGCCCCAGCCUCCCACGCGGAUCGGAUUACCUGGCACGCUCCUGCAGCGCGGCCACUGCCGGCUGUCCUGGCGGGCUGAGCCGGGGCAGCCAUGGACGGGCUGCUGCUCCCCGGGCUGCUGCUCCUGCCCCUGGCAGCGCUGCUGCUCUACAGGUGCAGCCCCCCCUUCCAGUACCUCUGCAAGGUGGCCUUUUUCAACUGCUGGAUCGUGGCCUUGGCCACCCUGCUGUCCCCCCUGGCCGCCCUCCGGGGCCGCUCCGUGGAGAACAUGAAGCUCCUGCGCGCUGCUCUCCUGCCCCUCAAGCGCUUCUACGGCAUCAGGAUGCGGGUGAGGGGCUCCGAGCAGCUGCAGCUGCAGGGACCCUUCGUGAUCGUCUGCAACCACCAGGCUUCCCUCGACCUCAUGGGAAUGGUGGAGGUGAUUCCCGAGCGCUGCGUGCCCAUCGCCAAGCGGGAGCUGCUGUACCUGGGCACGGUGGGCUGGGCGUGCUGGCUCAGCGGCACCAUCUUCAUCGACCGGCACCGCCGGGACGCGGCCAUCCAGGUCAUCGCCCGCGCCGCCCGCGCCCUGCGGCGGGACAACCUCCGCGUGUGGGUGUUCCCGGAAGGCACCAGGAACCCGGGCAAGUCCAUGCUGCCCUUCAAGCGCGGCGCUUUCCACCUGGCCGUGCAGGCCCAGGUUCCCAUUGUCCCCAUUGUGAUCUCUCCAUACUGGGACUUCUUCAGCUCCAAGGAGAAGAGAUUCACCUCCGGGACCUGCACCAUCCAAGUCCUCCCCAGGGUGGAAACGCGGGGCCUGAGCCCAGAGGAUGUGCCUGAACUGACCGAGAGCGUCCGCCAGGCCAUGGCUGAGGCCCUGGCCGGGAUGUCCACGGGUGACCACGGGGACCAGGACACGGAGCAGCCUCUGCUGGGGCCGGGGAAGGACAGGGGCAGCCCCCAGGGCCAGGGGAGCAGCCAAUAGGCAGAGGG